AAGCAAACGAAAUAGCGCCCUCUGCAAACUGACCACCUUGCAAAGUCUCAACGACUAGGAGUACUGGUGACUUCAUUAACUCCCAAACUAGAGCCACGAGUUGUGGAGCCUAGCAAUGGUGCAGCUCCCUCUUUCCCCAACGGUGGGUGUCACACUUGCUGAUGAACAAUCAGAAGAGAAGGACAAAUUAGAAGGCAAUGUGAUUGUUGUGAGUCCAAAAGGAGAUUCACCUGAAAGUCUCGGUGCCCUGCAGCGCUUUGAUUUCCCCAAUGCCUAUUAUGGGUAUGAAAACUAUAUAGAAGAUGGACUUAUCUGCCUCAAAAACAAGGUCCGCAACUUGGAGAAAAAAAAGUUGAAACUGGAACACUAUAAAAGAUGCCUGGCCUGUGGUGAGACUUUAAAUAAAGAUCAGAUGGCUGCUACUGAGAAAUAUGAGCAGGUGGUGCAUAACCUGGAGUUUGCCAAGGAGCUCCAUAAAACACUCGGAAGCUUGACUCAAAACCUACUGAGGUCACAGAAGAAGGCAAUAAAGAGGGAGAAACUGGCAAGAAUGGAGGAGGAGAAGAAACGGCUCAGCAUGGUGCUCCAAGUCCAACACCUUCUAAACAAAGUACAACAGGCCCAUGUCAAGAAAGACCUGCUAACCGGACACAACCAGGCGCCGUACCUACCGGCAAAGCAUCUCAACAGCUUGAGCCAGCUGGCCACCUUGCUCGGAGUAAGGCAGGAUGACAGACUGAGUUUAGAGGAGUGGAUGGAGGAAGCGUCUGUAAUGUAUAUUGACCUUCUGGAAGGAGAAGAAAAAACAGUGGCUGGAUCAACAUUUAAAUUGCUGAAAGAGGAGGUUACCAGGUUAUUGAAGUGCAAGUACUUCUCUUGUCUUGCUUCCAAAGCUACUCUAGCAAAACCCAAGUUGACACAGCCUGAAGUUUCGAAAGAGAAUUAUAAGGAAGAGAAUGACUCUCCUGACUACUGGGAUUUUGAGCUCUCCAAUGAAGGCGUUUCACCUCAGGCUGCAGCCAAGACAGCAUGGAAAGGAGCAGCCAAUCUAAUCCCUAAAGUUACCGGCAAGUGCAAAUCAGCUGGUAGUAGACAGGAAAAAGAGAAGAAAGUUAAAACAGAGCGAAAUUCCAAGAUUGACCUUCACAAGGAUUUACCUGCAAUGAUAUUCAGCUCUCCGGCCUUUCCUAAAGAUCCUAUCUUGAGGAACAAAUACUUGGAGGACCUGAUGACCAAGAUCCAUGGCUCUUUCAGUUUCAUGCAGGAUUCUCUUAUAGAUUGCGAGUCCACUUCUGAAAAUGGAAUCUCCAGAUUUAAAAAGGAGCAACCAGAAUUGUCAUCUCCUCUGGCUUUGAAAAACUCAAGUGAUCCCCUGCCCAAAGAAAUGCAUUCCACCCCACUGCCUAUCAGGCUUCUGGACCACAACACCAGACUGACAAAUGGGGAUCAGAGCCUAAAAAGCUAUGAGCUGGAGAUUUCCUCAAAUACACUGGUGGCUGAAUCCGGAAAGAUUUCUCCCUGUAACAGGAUGACACCAAGCAUCUCUAUUUCUGCUCCCGAGCAUACAUUUUCCACACCGCCUGCAAGGCAAACUGUCACUACUGUACAAUUUCAUGAUAUCCCAUCAGUCUUCAACGGGGAUGCAAAUGUAGAACCAAUGUACAUCAAUUCCUGCACCCAAACACCACCAGAGUUUGCACCCACAGAAGAUGACUCGCACACACUGGGGGGGACAUGCAUUUUCCAGUCUCAUCUUAAGAACUACGGCCCUCUCUUUGGUGCUCCGAGAGAUUCUGGAUCCCAACAUGUCUGUGGAUGUGGAGUACAGCAUCAUUCCAGUGCAGCCUGGUGUGAGUCGUCAAAGAUGAGCAGCCCAGACCGUGCAGAAUUCACAACGGUGGAUUCUGGACAUAGCGAUUCCCUUCCGGUCUCCAUCAUUGAGGUCUCGCAUAGUCCUCAAGGCCACCAUCGCACUGCCCUUCUUCCCAUGCAAUUUUACCCUCUCUCCCAGCCACUGAGAGUUGCAUUCACAGCCUCUCGCACUGUCAACUUUGCACCGAGCAACCUAGACCAGCCCAUUGUUUUUGAUCAGCUGCACAGCAACAUGGGAGAGAUGUUUGACACCCACAUUGGACGCUUUACCUGUCCUGUUAAUGGAAUGUAUGUUUUCAUGUUCCACAUCCUUAAGCUAGCAAUUAAUGUGCCACUUUACGUCAACCUCAUGUGUAACGAAGAAGUAAUGGUGUCAGCCUAUGCUAAUGAUGGCGCACCGGAUCAUGAGACGGCUAGCAACCAUGCCAUUUUACCUCUCUUCCAAGGAGAUCAGGUUUGGCUUAGAUUACAUCGUGGCGCUAUUUAUGGAAGCACUUGGAAGUAUAGUACAUUUUCUGGCUUUUUGCUUUACCAGGACUGAGCUCUGUGUGGACUCUUGGCUAUGUAGCAAACAUUGUCAUCCAGGGUGCAGUAACCUUUUCACCCAAACUCCUACUGUUUUGUUGAGACAGUUCUUUAAAAUGAGAAAUAGGGAUACUGGUCAAUAAUCAAACUUGCCAUGAACUCAAACAAUGGAAAGAAAACUGUUUUGGUGGUGGGGAUGGUGUUGAACACAAAUGGCCAAUAUGUUGACUUAAAAUCCAAACUGAAGUGGUCAAUUUGGUGUCUUGGUGUGGCUAAAUAAAAUGUGAGCAGUUA